GGGGAAGAGACGCCUGCGAUCGAGGGCUUGCUGGUGAGUCGUAGGAAGAAUCCCAUCGACGAAUGAAAGACAGAGUGACUGACAGGCGAGAGGAAGACAGAGCUGCCUUUGACUGUCAAACUGAGAUGGACGUGAAAGAGGAGAUGUGCGAGGCUGCCAUUAAUGUUCUGGAGAUAAAGACGGCACAUAUUAAAGAAGAGGACUGUGAAUGGGAGCCUGUUCACCUUAAACCGGAGAGUCUGGCCAUUAAAGUGGAGGAGUGGGAAGAGGGGUCAGUGGGCAUCAAAGAAGAGGCAGAGGAGAGGUGUGUCGGCAUCGAGGCACACAAAUGUGAAAGUGAAAAGAGUGUCGAGGAAGAUGACCUUCAUCACGGGUGUCAAGAUGGAGUGAUCACCGGGUUGGUCUCUUCUGAAAGCAGACGAUGUUUAUCUCCGGAAACAUCCGUCAAUGUGAAGUCUGCAACGUUACAGCCUGACACAAAAUCUGUUGAGGAGGUUUCAUUGUUUAGAACCUGGGAAGAUCAGCUGCCACCUAUAAAUCAGUCUGGAGACAGAGACAAACUUCACUGCUGUUCUCAAUGUGGAAAACAAUUCUCACGAAUCACCAACCUGCAGACGCACAUAAGAAUUCACACCGGAGAGAAGCCUUAUUGCUGCCUGGAAUGUGGUAAGCGAUUUUCUGUGAUGUGCAGUCUUCAGGUCCACAGAAGAAUUCACACCGGGGAGAAGCCGUUCUGCUGUUCUGAAUGUGGUAAGAGAUUCUCGGACAGCAGCCAUCUUCGCACCCACGCAAGAAUUCACACCGGAGAGAAGCCGUAUUGCUGCUCGGAAUGUGGGAAACUGUUCUUGCAAUUGAGCAAUCUGCAGAAACACACCAGAGUUCACACUGGUGAAAAGCCGUACUGCUGCUCAGAAUGUGGUAAACGAUUCUCACGAAUGAGCUACCUUAAGAGCCACACACGAGUUCACACUGGGGAGAAGCCGUAUUGCUGUUCUGAAUGUGGCAAACAGUUCUCCGACAGGAGUAGUCUUCAAAGACACACCAGAAUUCACACAGGAGAAAAGCCAUACUGCUGUUCUGAAUGUGGUAAGCGAUUCUCCAACAGCACUCAUCUACAGCAGCAUGCAAGGGUUCACAAUGGAGAGAAAUCGUACAGUUGUACUGAAUGUGGAAAAAGAUUCUCCAGUCACAAUAUCCUUGUUGUGCACACUAGGGUUCACACUGGAGAAAAACCAUAUUGCUGUCCUGAAUGUGACAAACGAUUCUCCGACAGGAGUGGUCUUCAGAAACACUCAAAGAAUUCACACCAGUGGGAAGAAUGUGGGGGACUCUAGUGAACCCCCAUGGCAAACUUAAGAGACCAAAAGGAGAUGUAGGACAGAACUCUGAUACUGUUAAUGAGGGAGGUUCACAACUAUCAUGACAGCAUCAUAAAAAACCUAAUGGUGAAUCCCAAAUGACCAGCUCUCCUUCACUGAUCAUGUUGCUACUGCCUCUUGGUGUUGCGAAUUGACUCUAUGAAAUAUUGGCAAGAUCAAACUAUAACUGACAGAAUAUGGAACACAACCCCUGGUCCAGACUUUGGUCCUGUCACAUCGGGACUACUACAACUCUCUGCUGGCAGGAGCUCUGGCACAUGUCACCAUGACCAUGCAGAUGAUUCAAAAUGCAACUUCAUGUCUGGUGUUUAAAUGGUCGAGUUCAACGCAUGUCACUCUUCUCUUCAGAACAUUAUGAUGACUCCACCACAGUGGCACACAUCAAGUUCAAACCCUUGAUGCUUACCUACAGAGUAGUCAAUAGAUCAGUAGUUGCAUAUAUGGGGACACUCGUAUGGUCCUCUGCUCCCUAUUGCCCCCUUCAGGUCUGCUGUUAAGUGGCAUCUGGUGAUACCAUCUCUGCGUUGCAUUAACACUAGAAUUACUAGAGCCUACGAAAAAACUCAUAGAUCCGUCCCACCUUAAAUCGCUUCUUAAAACCGUUCACACAAAAGCUCUCCGCCAGCUUCCUUUGUCCACUAAAUGUGCUGAUAAACUCAGGCUGUAAGCAGCCGGCUAUUCCAUCCCCCCACCGACUUACAAC